AUGCCGGAGCUGCGAUCGGAGGUGGCCUGCCAGCCGCGUUAUGUGAACAAUGCACGCAUUCAGGGAAACGUCGACAAAGGCUGGUCGGUCAACGUCACCAUGCGCGGCGUGAUCGGCGCCUUCUCGCCCGCCGACUUUGAACGGGAAGGAAGUGCCGCAAUCCUUGGAACGCCCGUCCCGGACAGAGUCUCGAUCUGUGCCAACAAGGUGCGGGAGGGCCAGGCGUCCCUCAUCAUGUGGGAGCGCACCGAGCUGGCGUCAUGGCUGUACGACCACCGAUACCCAGAGCGGUGUCGCGACUGGGAGUUCUCGCCCGGCGUGCAGUUUGACAGCAAAAAGACUCAGUACUUCCUUGCCGUGAACAAGUCGGUGGGCUGGCCGCUCUUCUCCUCCAUACAGCACUACAUCCUCUGGCUCCGAAGCCAGGCGCCGGCCAACGUCCUGCAGACCAUCGCCGAGCGGGAGCUGAAACGAGGCUCUGCGUGCCCAGCUCCCGAGACACGGUCGACGCCCACGCUCACCUUCAAGUCGCAAGAAGGGGUGUUUGUUACCUUUGGGACCUGCGUCGGGCUAGCCGUUCUCAUCAGCCUCUACGAAGCGUACAAGCUGCAGAAACGGAAGCAGGCGACGGCAAAGGAGGGGCUAGCGGCCACGAAAAUUCAGCGGGUGGCGCGUGGCAAGGCUGGGCGGAACUACUCCAACGAAAAGGCAUCGACAGACCGGGCGCGUGUCGAUCGUGCUGAUUCCAAGUCCCGCGGUGUCAUGACAGACACGGAGCUUCUGCGCGAGCUACUGAGAGACUUUGAUGGCUUUAGAGCAACCCUCGAUGACUUUGGCACUGUCAAACGCGGACUGACUCGGAUCGAGGACAUGAUCGCGAGCAUCGCGGCACCGAGCCUCGCCGCCAAUUCCAUUGCGGACAGGUCCCAGCGGAGCAGGGCCACAGCUCCGGCGCUUGAGGGCACCGAGGUCAGUUCGAGCGCAACGACGCGCUUCCGGGUGUACAAUGCAUCGCGACCUGGCGCGAGAGACAUGCCACGCCUCGCGCUGCGUCGCAACAGCCAUGGUGCCGGCGAGGACUAG